UUGUCUAUUAACCAAUUUAUAUAGACACAUCAGAAAUGCCAGUAAACGAAGAAGAUACCUCUGAAAACUUUGUUACUCUUAAGGUUUGUGGCGCGUAUGACGAUGCUUUACCUAUUAGACAUUUCAAAAUAAAGAAACAUAUUCGUUUAAGAAAGCUCAUGAGAAUUUAUUGUGAAGAAGCUGGUUUGCCUAACCCGGAUGAAGCAAUAUUCCAAACUUUUGCAGGUCGUAUUUGUGAAGAUGAUACUCCUACAUCACUCGAAAUGGAACAAGGUGAUACCAUUUACGUCAUUGAAUCGCCAAAUCUCUCUCUCUAGGAUUUGAUUAAGAAACUGUAAUAUUUAUGUAUGCUGGUAUUUUAAUUUCACCACAUUGUACCCUUGAAAUUUAUGGAAUUGAAGACGGGCGGAUUAUUUGUUUUCAAUCCCCUAAUUUUGAAUAUCAAUGAUUAUAAUUUUUUAAAUCUUAAAUAAAUAAAAAUUGCAUUUA